CCUGCAUGUAUGGAAAGUGGUUGGCAGAGGCACUGAGAGGGCACACAGUGUGCCUGGUUUCCUCUUGCUGUUGCAGGAUCAAAGCCAGCAGCCACCAUGUUUUCACUGAGUGGCCGCCGUACCGCAGUGUUCUCAUCAACCUCUCUGGAGACAGCUAAAGAAAACACAUGCUCUAAAUGGCAGCUUGCUCUAUAGCACCCAGAGGAGUCUUUUAGAUAAGAGUCAGUUUGUGUACUAGGAAAAUGGAAAAGUUAUACAUUCAGAAUGUCCCUGAGAGAGUUGAUCAGCACAUUUUGCUCUAGUGCUGCCAUCUUCUGGAAGCUCUAUGUACUUGUAUGCACAAACUGUCAUAAACUCCAAACUUCUCCAUAAUGCUGAUUCAGAACGCCCCAAUUUCUGUGCCCCAGGCCUGUGCGGACUUACUGGAGGUACUCAAACCCCUGCGACCUGGUGCUGGAGACCCCAGAGGGGCAAAGGGUCUGAAGGAAAUCUGGGGAGUGGAGGAGUUGGAGGAAGAUGAGGAGGAUGAUGGGAUUGUGGGUCCAUCAGAGAAAUAUAUGGCUUUCCUACGGUGAAUAUGGAGGUUCCUUCCUAUCUGUCCAGGCUCUUGUCGGAGCUGAAUGAACAGCGUAAGAGGGACUUCUUCUGUGACUGCAGCAUCAUAGUAGAAGGACGUGUUUUCAAAGCACAUCGUAACAUUCUCUUCGCCAGCAGUGGCUAUUUUCGGGCUUUGCUGGUGCAUUACCUAAAAGACAAUGGCCAGCGACACAGCACGGCCUCUCUGGACAUCGUCACAGCCGAGGCGUUCUCCUUCAUCCUGGACUUUUUGUAUUCGGGUCACCUGGACCUGCGCAGUGACAAUGUCAUUGAAAUAAUGUCGGCUGCGAGCUACCUGCAGAUGACCGAUGUGGUGAACUUCUGUAAGGGCUACAUUAAAUCAUCCCUGGAGAUCUGUAACAGGGAGAGGGAGAGACACAAGGACAGGGAUUGCUUGGAUCAUAGUGCAACCCCAGUUUCAGUCACUAGUGCCCCUGUGGCAUCCACUUCCGAAGCCGACCAAAGGACCUGUCAGGUCACCGAAGCCCUCAGCCCUGAUGAUGCCCCAACGGCUGCUAUCUGCACACCAGCAGCCACCAGUAGUAAAGACUCAGAGAGUGAAAACUCUCAAGGAGCAUUUCCCAACCAUCGUCCCAUGAAUGCUCCAAUGAAGAUAAGUCCAGGCCCAGAUUUAGUCAACUCAUCCACCCCAGGUCUGCUUCUGGGGUUGGUGAACCCCAAAAUAGAGUAUGACCCUGAUGAAGAAGGCGAAUCUUCACGGGAAUCCAAAGAAACGACUCUUUAUCAAGGUCCAAAUCACGACGGGGAAAGAACAGUUAACACUAGCCCGGCUCCAAGCACUGAACACUCCUCCGUAUCGUUUGUUAACUGUCCAAUGAAGCAGUUUCCAGACGUGCUGUACAGAGGGGGGAUGAACCCUAACCGGGAUGAACACUAUUCCCAGAGUUUGGGGUAUGUUGGAUUUGGCCGUGGUGAUGAUGUACUUGGUCCUCCUGUCCCCUGUGGGAUGGAGAUUCAGAAUGACUGGUAUGGGGAUGAUCCAGGGAGACUGCACAAAUGUCCGUUCUGCCCAUAUACGGCCAAACAGAAGGGCAUUUUGAAAAGACACAUCCGCUGCCACACAGGAGAAAGGCCGUAUCCUUGUGAGGUGUGCGGCAAACGUUUCACGCGACAAGAACAUCUUCGCACUCAUGCGAUUUCUGUCCAUCGCUCCACCUGGCCCAUUGUUUGUAAAGGCUGUCGUCGAGUGUUCUCAGGCAUUGUGUCCCAGGGAAUGAAGAGAUUUGGACUUUGCGAUGGCUGCACCUUUGUUACUACAACUAAUGAGGAUCCCUCCUCCAUGAACCUCAGCAUCCAGUCUGAAGCUAUGGAGAGGGGUGCUAGAGACUCCGAUUGGCCCAUGUUUAUCGUGGAAGGGGAUGAAGCGGAGGCGAGUGCUAGUACUGCUGGACAGGAUGAUAAGCAGAAUGUUGCAAAGCAGCUUGGGGAGAAUGGCAUGGUAGACUCGUUACCAUAGUUGCACUUGUUUACCAAAUAAAUAAAAAAGGACAUGCAUAAGAGGCUGAGGCAGGGUGUGACCAACGCUCUACUGGUGACAAACUACCGGUUUAGUCACUUUCUUUAAUAUAUUUUUGUGGGUUAGAAAAGACGGUUAAUUAUUUGGUGGAAUUAAAAGAUUAAUUUGAUUAGAAACAUUACACAGCUGGGAAAGCUUUGAAACAUUAUGUUUGGGUUUAGUACAAAUCUACAGUAGCUAAUAUGGAUUAUGAACAUAUUUUGCUGUAUGACAAUGAGGGCACAACGGAUUUGAAUGUGUUGUGGCAGUUGUGUGAAUAAAUAUUUUUAUGCUUUAAAGUGA